AUGUACUGCAAGAAGUGGAGGCCUGUGGCGGAAAUGUGUCUCUUCCUCGAAGACCUGCGGGAGGGCUCGCGCAUCCUCUGCCUUUGCUCGCGGGCGUUUGUGGAAGAUCGGAAAUUGUACAAUUUGGGACUAAAAGGCUACUAUGUUAAAGACAAUGACAACAGUGCAGGAGAAGAAGCCACGGACGAGGAGGAAGGCAGCCAUUCCCAGGGCCCUGCAAAGCCCCAUGACAACAGAUGCCCAGACCCAGCUGAGAGUGAACUGGAUUCCGAGGCUGAACUCAUGAGGAGUAUGGGAUUGCCCCUUCAGUUCGGUAGGAUAUCCGCACAUAAGAAUUUUGAGGAAUCUAUGAAUACUAGAAACAAAGUUAAAAUAAUGAAAAAGAAAAAACAUCAAAAGAAGUACUUAGAUGAAAUUAAGAGAGAAUCCUGGAGACAAUGUGAAGAAGAUGACAUUUCAGCUUCGGACGAUCCUUCUUCAUCUGAGAAUGAGAACACCAGAAAGUACAAACUUCAAAGCCAAAAAGACGUUGAGGCUGAACGUUUUCCCAUUGAAAACACAGUAGAUCCAAAGCUGGAAAUUACAGAGAUGUGGGAAAAGUACUGGAAUGAAUACGGUGGAGGACUGCUGUGGCAAAGCUGGCAAGAGAAACAUGCAGAUCAGACCCUAUGUCCAGAACCAUGGAACGUUCCAGACACAAAGAAGGAGUGGGAGCAGCACUACAGUCAGAUGUAUUGGUACUAUCUGGAACAGUUUCAGUACUGGGAAGCUCAGGGCUGGACUUUUGAUGCCUCACAAAGCCAAGAUACAGACCCUGGUGGGUCUAAAAUAGAAGUUGACAACAAGAAAGAUGAAAAUCACGUGAAAGCAGACGAACUUUUUUCUCCGUCUUUAUCCGUUGGCAGCAAAAACUCUAGUUCAAGUGAUAAAGAUCACAGUGAAAUUCUCGAUGGAAUUAGUAACAUAAAUCUAAAUUCAGAGGAAGUAGAACAGAGACAACUAGAUAUUUCCCUAAGUUUUGAUGGACGUCAGUGUUUGAGUGAAGUUCCCAGCAGAAGAGAAUGCCCUGCUUCUGGCCACAGUGAACCGAGUCAUGGAGGAACCACGGAAACCAGCUCGUCUGGGAGCAGAAGUACAGACCAGCCAGCUCAGGAUUCACAGGAGUCCUCAGAAGCAAAUACAGUCAGAGACGGACGCCACCCCAGUGGGACUGAUGGGGACGAGAGUGGAGACGAGCCGCCUGAAGAGAAGCGAAGCAAACUCAAGAGGAGUCACGAGCUGGACCUCGAUGAAAACCCGGACUCAGACUUUGACAACGAUGGUUCUCUUCUAGGAUUCAAGCACGGCUCAGGGCAAAAAUAUGGAGGAAUUUCCAACUUCAGUCACCGGCGGGUCAGGUAUCUGCAGAAGAACAUGAAGCGGAAGUCAAAGUCCUUGGACAUGAGACGACAAAUCAAUAUGAAAAACAAGCACAUCUUCUUCACUGAAGAGUCAGAGAAAACUGGUUUUAAGAAAAGCAGAACUUUGAGUAAGGUAGAAAAAUUUCUAAAAUGGGUUAAUGAACCAGUGGAUGAGGAAGCAUCGCCGGAGUCGGUUUCUCAUAAAAACGUGCAGGACUCUUGCACAAGCAGUGGCUCAGAGGAACCAGAAGUGUCUGUUGAGAAGAGGGAUGAUCCGGUGGAAACGAGUGAGGCAGAACCUGGACCGUGUCCUGCCGUGUGUCCAUCUGGGGAAGUGGGAGCAGAGAAGCAUGACAGGGCCAGCCCAGAAGCCGCUGGGACAGAUACAGAGGGCUGUGUGCCCCAGGCUGCUUCGGACCCUCGCCAGGCAGAGGCUGAAGCUGAAAGUCCGAAGAAGAACAAGAAAAGGAAAAAGAAGAACAAAAAGGGGCUGAAUCCGCCCCCUGAGAUCGCUGCUGUGCCUGAGCUGGUGAAGUACUGGGCUCAGAGGUACAGGCUCUUCUCCCGUUUUGAUGAUGGGAUUAAAUUAGACAGAGAGGGCUGGUUUUCAGUUACUCCCGAGAAGAUCGCAGAGCAUAUCGCGGGCCGGGUCAGCCAGUCCUUGGAGAGUGGCACCGUGGUGGACGCCUUCUGUGGAGUUGGAGGAAAUACCAUUCAGUUUGCCCUAACAGGGAAGAGAGUGAUUGCCAUCGAUAUUGAUCCUGUUAAGAUCGAUCUUGCUCGCAAUAAUGCAGAAAUUUAUGGCGUAGUAGACAAGAUUGAGUUCAUCUGUGGAGAUUUCCUGCAGCUGGCUUCUAGUCUAACGGCCGACGUUGUAUUUCUCAGCCCGCCUUGGGGGGGACCGGACUACGCCACUGCCGAGAUCUUCGACAUCAGCACCAUGAUGUCUCCUGACGGAUAUCCUUUGGAAGUCCUAGAACUUUCCCAGAAGAUCACUAAAAAUAUCGUUUUUUUUCUUCCAAGAAAUGCUGAUAUCGACCAGGUGGCAUCCUUGGCUGGGCCUGGAGGGCAAGUGGAAAUAGAACAAAACUUUCUUAAUAAUAGAUUGAAGACAAUCACUGCUUAUUUUGGGGACCUGAUCCAAAGAUCAAUCUCUGAAUCAUAA